UGUUAGGCCUAUUUAUAAUGGCGUCAUUUGAAACUUGACUCUCCAAUAUGUCUAUAUGGAAAGAAUCCUGUAAUAGAUGAUGAAAUAAUGAAAACUGCAAUUUUUUCCUUUUUCUUCUCAGCUCUUAUAUAUUUGAGCUCAGAGAACUGCAACAUAAUAAUGUGUACAUUGCAUGCACGAACAAUGAGCCAGUCGGGGAUGACCACAGCGGAUAUUGAUCCAACACUCUGCCCUUAUCUAAGAAUCAAGUUUGUUGAGUGGUUAAAUGAUGCUCUAGAUGUAGACAGGCGAGUCUCGGAUAUCUAUCCAUGGCUAUGGGAUACUAAAGCCAAAAAUCCAAGUAUAAAAAUUGUACUAACAUUCUAUAACAUCGUUGGCGACGAUAAAUUUUAUGAGAUGUACAGAACGCCAGAAAGGAGACUCAAAUUCAUUCCAUUGCUAGUAACAUACGUAAGAAAUAACAAAUUUGAUGGAGUGGAGUUAGACUUAGAUAUGGGCUUUGGACUCAGAAGCCCAGAGCGUUACCAUAUUGAUCGUUGGGCGGAUUUUGUCGAGGACGUACAAAAAGCUUUGGUAGAUGAAGCUACGCGCUCAGGGAAACCUAAAAUUGUGCUGUUUGGACGAAUCGAUGAGCGAGCUGAGUAUCUUUAUCCAUUCUAUAACGUCCCUAGGAUGUAUAGACAUUCGGAUCUCAUUAACUUGGAGGCGUGGGCGUCUUACUCACAGAGGGUUGGACCUAGAUUUAACAUAUCUUUAACAAGUACACACCACUGCAAAAUUUACAAGACCAAUGAGAAUGACAAAAAUUGUAUUGAAUAUUAUGUUAACUCUGUUAUGGCGAAAGGUGGAAUCAAAGAAAAGACAAUCCUUAGUUUGUAUCUUAUGGCCACCUUUUUCUAUGAAUACAAGUACAACUUGGAUCCUACAAUAUUACCAAACUAUGACAGGAUUCAAUUUAAUAAUUAUGGUGAAGUCUGCGAAUAUAAAAAAGGGCGUAGCAAUGUCACAAGAGUGUAUGAACAAUGUCCUAUCGCAAUGGUGGGUCGCAAUGUGAUAUACUACGACGACGAGAUAAGUAUGGUUGAGAAGAUCAAGUAUGUUAAAAAAAAUGGAUUAGCCGGAUUUGAACUUUUAGAUAUGUCUGCAGAUGAUUUUAGUGGAAAUUGUGGUAAAGGAAAAUUUCCUCUUAUGAGAACUGUACUAGAAGAGUGUCGAAAGCCUUGACAGAUAGAUGAAAAGCUAACAUCGAGGCUGGACAUUUGAUUUAUUGACGACUUUUGGCAUCGAAUAUUAAAAAAGUUUACCAAUUAAAUUUGAUAUGACUUACUUCUAAUUGUGCAUAAGAAUAACACCAUAAUUUCCUGCAAAUGCUCCUAUGUUUAAUUCCUGAUAUUAGAUACGAUUUGUAAAUUAAAACGAUGAAUUGUCAUUUUCACAUCUUUUUACAAAUAAAGAUUACGAUGUAGCAGGAAUCUUCUCCAACUUAUCAUGAAAAGACGAUGGGCAGGGCUGAAUUCCAUCAUUAUGUAGAUCAGUGUUCUUCAUAGUGG